GCGUCAGAGCAUAACUACGUCUAAAUAAGUAACCAAAUUAAAGUAGUUUCCAUCAAAAAUUGCCUUAUUAAACACUCUAAAAUUUUCCAUUUUCCAUACCGUCAAAAUGCCGCUUGCAACCCGAAAACUUUACAAAUGUUCGGAACCCAACUGCGGAAAGCUAUACAAGUCAUGGUGUGGACUGGACCAUCACAAAACAACGGUUCACAGUGGAAACUCUAGAAUAAAGUGUGACCUGUGCCGCAAAGAAAUUGAUAUAAAUUCGCUACGUGGCCACAUGAAAAAUGUCCACUCUACGAUACGAAACUUUAAGUGUACCUUCCCAGGGUGCAAAAUUGCUUGCGUGUUCGCUUCCACCCUUCGAAUACACGAGACCACCCACCUCCCCUUAAGCCAGCGACGAAUCCACAAAUGUCCCCACUGCCCGAAACAAUUUUUAGACGAGAAAAAACUCAAACUUCAUAAAAACCAACAUGAUCCUCUCCUCGUUUCUAAAAAGUUUCCCUGCCCAUUUUGCCAGCAAGAGUUGCAUUCCAGAGAUUACCUACAAGAACACUUGACGGCGAAACACUUAAAGGAAAAAUCCUACAAAUGUGACACCUGUUCGAAAUCGUAUGCAUGGUCAGAUUCACUCCGAAACCAUCAAAAAUGCCACCUGCCGCCCGACCAACGGGUCAAAUUCAGGUGCAAAUCGUGCCCCAAAACGUUUAAUUUAUCCGGCACUUUACGCACCCAUGAGCGGUAUGUGCACUUAAAAGAGAGAAAGUACCACUGUCACAGGGAGAAUUGCGGUAAAAAAUAUUUUUCCCAGCCCGAGCUCGACCGACACCUUUCGUCCACACAUGACGGACUCAAACCGUUUAAAUGUGAGCCCUGCUUAAAAUUUUUUGGCACUAAAAAUUCCCUCCGUAUUCACAAUACUAACGUCCACAAUACAAAUAGUCGGAGCCGCCCAUUUAAGUGUGACCACGCCGGAUGCGAUAAAGCUUUUAGAUUUUACGGCAGCUUAAAAGUGCAUAAAGAAAUCCACCUCACCCCAAAAGAACGUGCCACUUAUUCGUGUCCCAUCUGCCAGAAAACCAUGGUGACCAAGUCCUACCUCAAAAAGCACAUGGAUCAGCAGCAUGAAAAUCCGGAUAAUAAACCAUUUUCUUGUAACCUAUGUGUCAAAACUUUUAGGACGAGGGAACACUUAAAACUGCAUUUGAGAGGGCACUUAAAAGAGAAACCGUACAAGUGUGAUUUGUGUGAAAGUUCGUAUACUAGUACUUCCGGUCUUAAAUAUCAUCAGAAAACGCGGCACAUAGAGGAAAAAAACAGAAUUUUGUUGCAUUGUUCCCUGUGCGCGGCUACAUUUCUGAAGAAAAUCAGCCUACAAGACCACGUGUCAUCGGUUCAUAAUGGGGCCACUUUUAGUUGUCCGAAUAACUUGUGUACAGCCGUUUUGGGAUCGAUGAGAGCGCUCAAUGCGCACGUGAAAAAAUGCAGCGAUCCGUUCGUGCAGUGGGAACGGUGUGGGAAGUGGAUGAAGAAAUAUUGUCUGGAAAAUUUUCAUGUGUGUCGAAAAGGUGUGAAUGUUUCGAAACUGGAGAGAAUCCCUUGUCCGGAGGGGACUUGUGGGGAGAGCUUUUUAGAAAUUGGAUAUUUAAAGAGGCAUGUUCGGAAUUGUCAUCCCGCAAAUACACAUCUUGCGAAGGGGGUGGAUUGGUUAGAGUGUCUAUUUUGCAAGAAAUCGUGUCCCACGCUAAUCUGUUUGGAGGAUCACGUCAGGACACACACUGGAGAGAAGGUGUUCAAGUGUCAAUAUUGUGACAAGGAAUUGUAUUCAAAGAGAAGAUUUGUGUUUCAUCAGAAUGUUACCCAUAUUAAGGAGUACAAACGCUUUGAAUGUUGGGUACCCCUGAGAAGACUUGAGACAGAAGGCACGCCCAAAAACUAUGUGAAAUUUGUCAAUAAUCAAUAGGAUGAAUUAUGAGAGUGUUACUUUUGCUUGAGGAAAUUGACUUGGAGGACUUUCCAGGAACAUAUCAAAACUCAUACCGAAGAGUAUGGCAGCCUUAUAGGGAAGGAACAUUGUAAUUAAUGUUUAUGCAAUGGAAUAUGUAAUAGUUUAUAUUUGUGUAAUAGAAAACGGUGCACAUCGCUACAAAAAAUUAUUGAUUGAGUUUUGCAAAACGAACGUAUUUCAGGAAAUGAUUUCGAAAAAUACUUGUUUGAAUUUUAAUAAAAUAUUUCUCGUGAAAAAAAUUCAA